AUGGGGUUAGAACUUAGAAGAGUACAGUUGCAAACAAUGGCAAAGAUCACAUUCUCCAUUUUCAUCAUCGUCCCUACGAUCGGUUUGUCACUUGCAACCGAUACUUUGGGCACAAACCGUUCCAUCAGUCAUGGAGAAACACUGGUUUCUUCAGACCUAACCUUUGAGCUAGGAUUCUUUACUCCUGGCAACUCGAGUAUGAGCUACUUGGGUAUAUGGUACAAGUUUAGUCCUAGAACGGUCGUGUGGGUUGCUAAUAGAAACAAGCCGAUAGCGGAUCGUAAUGGUGUUCUCACAUUCACCAAUGUGGGCAAUCUAGUUGUUCUCGACCAGUCGAAUGGUGUGGUUUGGUCUUCAAAGUCGUCUAGGGUCCUCCGGAAUCCAAUUGCGCAGCUCCUGGAUUCAGGAAAUCUUGUUCUUUGGGAUAGCUCCUUUUCAAGUUCUGAUGAAUCCUAUUCGUGGCAAAGCUUCGAUUGCCCGUCUGACACGCUUUUAGCGGGUAUGAAGCUGGUGUUGAACCUGAAAACGGGUCUCGAACAGCGUCUCACUGCGUGGAAAAGCAUGGAUGACCCUUCUCCUGGAGAUUAUGUCCACAGUUUAAACUACAGUCAGGGUCUACCUCAGUAUGAAGUAGUCCAAGUGGAUAGGCAUAGAAAAAUAUUUCGAACAGGGCAAUGGAACGGAGUCCAAUUUGUUGGCCUUCCCGCUGGAUCAAAUCCAGCUAAUGUUCCCAUGUUUGUGUACAAUGAAACUGAGAUCUCCUACAUGUUUGAGGUUCAGAACAGGCAACUUUUCUCGACGAUGAAAUUAAACUAUUUGGGAGUGCUGCAGAUUUUUGUGGUCAAUAGAUCGAAAAGUGCCAUGUGGAAUGUCAUGCUUGCGUUCCCUAGUGAUCUUUGCGAUUUUUAUGGCAGCUGCGGUGCUAAUGCCAUCUGCAGCAGUAAUUUGUGCGAAUGUGUGAAAGGGUUCAUGCCUAAGUCGCCUGACGAAUGGGCGGUCCGCGUUUUUUCCAGUGGAUGCAAGAGGACAAUACCCACGAAUUGUUCAAAAGGAGAUGGGUUCAUGGAAAUUAAAAAAGUCAAACUGCCCGACCCGUUGGAGGUAACGCUGAACAGGAGUAUGAGCCUCAAGGAAUGCAAGGACGAGUGCUUGAAGAACUGUUCGUGCACGGCUUAUGCUAAUUCAGAUAUCACAGGAGGAGGCAGUGGCUGCCUCAUGUGGUUCGGGGACUUGAUUGACAUGAGAAUGCUCGAAGAUGGGAAGUACGUGCAAGCUCUAUACUUACGCCUAUCAGCUUCUGAACUAGGUAUUCAUACUUAUGCUAGUUGA